CUAUGUGGAUGUUACUGUCUAGCUCUGUGGUGCUACUGCUGAGUGGACUCUGCUCUGCAGGACCAGCUACUGUCCCACCAAAGAUAGGCACCUGCUGGGCGAUGGGCRACCCCCACUACCGCACGUUCGACGGCCACUACUACACCUUCAUGGGCAACUGCACCUACAUCAUGACUAAGAACUGCCAUGUUGACAAGGACCACCCAGCCUUUGAGGUGCAGGCCAAGAAUGUGGAGGAUCGCGCAAACUCGCAGCUUACCUCCGUGGGAAUGGUCACCGUCAAGGUUUACGGAGUCAACAUUGACAUUGUCAACUCUGAAUUUGGUCUUGUCCGGGUUAACUUCCAGUUAUGGAAUCUUCCCAUCAGCUUAGACAAUGGCAAAUUGAAACUCUCCCAGAGUGGAUUUUCAGUUGUCCUGGAGACAGACUUUGGUCUGAUGGUGCAGUAUGAUUGGCUGAAGUCCCUGGUGGUGACUAUGCCCAGGAGCCUGGCAGGCAAGGUGUGUGGCAUGUGCGGCAACUUUAAUGGCAAACAGGAUGACGAACUCACCACUCCCAGUGGCUCCCUUGCCAGUAAUGUUGUGGCCCUAGGCAAGAGCUGGAGGGUAUCAGACAAGGGAGGUGAUGCCUACUGCAGAGACGAGUGCAMAGGCCAAUGUGAGAACUGUACGAGCGGCUUGGUUAAGCACUUAGAAAGGGAGAUCUUUUGCACCUUUCUCACAGAAAUAAUGAAUGGACCCUUCAAAAACUGCAAUGCCGCCAUUGACUACAAGAUCUUAAAUGAGAACUGCUUGUAUGACCUUUGUCGGGGCGAGAUCAUGAAGACGUACAUGUGUGACACCCUGCAAGUGUACACCGAUGCCUGCCAGAGGGCUGGGAUCAGCGUGAACAACUGGAGAGGCAUUGCCCAUUGCCCCAAGCCUGAAUGCCCAGAGCACAGUCACUAUGAGUUCUGUGGAAACGCCUGCCCUGCCACCUGUGAAGACCCAAAUUCUCCCUCAAAAUGCAAAGCCAGCUGUGUGGAGGCCUGUACCUGUGACGAGGGCCACCUGCGCAGUGGGAACAAGUGUGUGCCUAAGUCUCAAUGUGGCUGCCAGUACAAAGGCCACUAUGUGGAAGCCGGAACAUCUUUCUGGGGGGAUGAGAGCUGUACCAAACGCUGUAACUGCAGCUCCACUGGUGGGAGAAUUGAGAGCCAGGUGGCCAGUUGUCCACUUGGACAGCAGUGCAAGGUGGUUGAUGGCAUAAGAGGCUGCUACCCUACAACCUUUUCCUCAUGCAUGGUGUCUGGUGAUCCACAUUACCACACCUUCGAUGGACAACUCUACAACUUCCAGGGCACCUGUGUGUAUCAGAUGGCUAUUGUCUGCUCCAAUGACACCAGCCUGGAGCCCUUUAGUGUUGCCAUACAGAACGAUGGGCGAGAUAAAAAGGUGGGGUCCAUCACCAAGCUGGUAGAGGUCAAGGUCUAUGGGUACACGAUUGUCAUCAGCAAAGAGCACCCAGGAUUUGUGAUGGUGAAUGGUGAACUUGUGAAUCUUCCUGUAAAACUCAAUAAACUGCACAUAUACAAGAGCGGUUGGUUUGCUGUGAUCAAAACUGACUUUGGGGUGAAAGUGUCCUAUGACUGGAACAGCGUAGCAACAGUCACCGUCCCCGACACUUAUGCAAGUGCAAUGUGCGGCAUGUGUGGCAACUACAACCACAAUCCAAAGGACGACAUGCAGAUGAAGGAUGGGAAGCAGGCUGCCACUGCAGAGGAGUUCGGUCAGAGCUGGAGAUUAACAAAGAUCCCUGGUUGUGUGAACGGCUGCAAAGGCCCCUGUCCUGACUGUAGCGUCACCCAGAGGGACCAGUACAUGACAAACAAGUACUGUGGCCUCAUCAGUGACCCAACAGGCCCCUUUCGUGACUGCCACUCCAAGGUGGAACCCAUGGGUUUCGUCCAAGACUGUCUGUAUGAUGUCUGUCUGUACCAGGGAAACAGGAACAUGCAGUGCAAUACCCUAACUGCCUACACAGCUGCCUGCCAGGAUAAAGGGGCCAUAGUCUACUCCUGGAGGACAGAUCAAUUCUGUGAUGCCCAGUGCCCUGCGAACAGCCACUAUAGGCUUUGUGCCCAGGGCUGUUCAGCCACAUGUCAGAGCCUGUCAGCACCCACUGGCUGUGAAGCUCUGUGCAAAGAGGAUUGUGCCUGUGAUGCUGGCUUCCUUCUCAGCGGAAACCAAUGUGUACAACUCUCCCAGUGUGGUUGUCUCCACGAAGGAAGAUACUACAAAAAUGGACAAGUCUUCUACCCCAAUGGACUCUGUCAGCAAGAAUGCACAUGCAAUGGCACGAUGAAGUGUCAGAACUUUUCCUGUGGACCCAAUGAGAAGUGUGAGGUGAAGAACGGCGUCAGGGCUUGCCAGCCUGUUGGAAAAGGAGUUUGUUCCAUCUCAGGCGACCCACAUUACAACACCUUUGACAACRGCACCUAUGACUUCCAAGGCACCUGCACCUACACUGCAGCUAAAGGCUGCCAUCUGGAAGGCACACACCUCAACCCCUUCUCUGUGGUGGUGGAGAACGAGAAGUGGUAUGCUMUGUCAUCAGCUCCAAAAGUGUCCGUUGCCAAGCUUUUGGCUGUAGAAGUCUAUGGUAAAAUUCUAAUUCUACGCAGGAACCAAAUCGGAAUGAUCAUGGUGAACGGCGUCCUGACUAACCUCCCACUGAGCCUAAACAACGGUGCAGUGCAGAUUUAUCAGGACGGCUCGAAUGAUGUCAUAUUGACAGACUUCGGCCUAAGAGUUACCUAUGACCUUGUGUACCACGUCACCAUCACCGUCCCUGGCAACUACAGAGGCAAGACCUGUGGUCUGUGUGGCAAUUUCAAUGGUAACAAGAAUGAUGAGUUCCUGCUACCUGGUGGACAGAUGGACAAAAACGUGAACUCUUUUGGGGCGGCCUGGAAGGUCAGCAUGCCUGGGGUGGUGUGUGAGGACGGUUGCAGCGGAGACYUCUGUCCCAAGUGUAACUCUAAGAAGAAAGCAGUGUUUGGUGCUGACUGUGGUAUCAUUACGGAUCCUAAAGGACCCUUUGCCGCCUGCCACCAUGAGAUAGACCCAGCCUCUUACUUCAGAGACUGCCUCUUUGAUGUCUGUAYGGCUGAGGGAGAUCAUAAAAUGCUUUGCCACAGUGUUGCUGCUUACAUGUUAGACUGUCAGGACUUUGGUGUAAAGAUCGAAAGCUGGAGAUCACCAACCUUUUGCCCGUUCUCCUGUCCUGCCAACAGCCACUACMAAACCUGUGCUGAAACCUGUGCAACUCCAUGUCCCGGCCUCUCUGACACCAUCAACUGUCCCACCACCUGUGUUGAGGGWUGUGCCUGCGACAAAGACUUCUACUUCAAUGGUACUGGCUGUGUUAGCUGGGACCAGUGCAGCUGCUAUACUGGUGGACACACCCUUAAGAUAGGGGAAUCCCUGAUUUCGGACAACUGCUUUGCGGUCCACAUCUGCCAAAAAUCUGGAGUUGUUCUGUCACAGUCUAUGGUGUGCCAGAGCGAAGAGAGCUGUCAGGUCAAGGAUGGUCUACGGGGAUGUUAUCCUAUCCCGUCACUUAAUGCAGGGGUACAUGACUGAUGAUAUGUGAGACAACUGAAGAACACUGCUAUUGGAGAAUCCCAG